UUAGCCUUAUCCAUUUCCCAAAAAACAUCGCUCCACCGAGCCCCCCCAUGUCCCGGAAUCUCAAAAACAAAAAGAAGCUUGCUUGACCCGCAACGGCGUGUCGGCGGUAAUGCCGUGGCCGCAAGUCGUGACCCGGCGGUCCGGUUCAUGGUACUGACACGCCCCGCCAAUGCUCUAUAAAUGCCCACCAACCAGCACUGCGGUCGUAACCUCCGCCGGCGAUUUGAUUCAUCCGGUCUUUUCUCGUCAUCGCCGAGCGAGAUUUAUAUAACUUGAAAUCGUCGGAUUGUAUGGAGAGAACGAUCGGUGCUAGGUAGUUCGAGUGAAACAGAGAAACUUGACUUUCUUUGGCUAGGGUUUGGUUGCUCUGCUACCACCGGCGCAGGUAGUGAGUUUGUUCGCGAUGCGGUGUUGUCUCUUGAUAUUACUGCGUGGGUACUUGGGAGGACGCGAUCACUUAGUUGGGCUAGAUUUGGCAGGCUUUGGAUUAUCUUGCUGAAGAAUACGAAAGUGAUUUUGAACUACUUUUUUCAAGUGGUUGGUCAUAGCGGAUGAGAUGGAGAAGACAGGGGGACCUUCUGGAGUGGUUGCAGCGGACAACAUAUCGCGAUCCAAGUCUUUGUUUGAGACUGUGAAUGGUUCGCAUCAGUAUACGAUAAAAGGGUACUCCUUGGCGAAAGGAAUGGGGCCGGGAAAGUACAUGACGAGCGAUAUGUUCACUGUAGGGGGAUACCAGUGGGCGGUCUACUUCUAUCCUGACGGGAAGAAUCCGGAGGACAAUUCGCUAUAUGUUUCCGUCUUCAUUGCGUUGGCCAGUGAAGGAACUGAUGUGAGGGCACUGUUUGAGCUCACGCUACUUGAUCAGAGCGGAAAGGGGAAGCACAAAGUUCACAGCCACUUUGAUCGUGCGCUGGAAAGUGGUCCUUACACUCUUAAGUAUCGCGGGAGCAUGUGGGGUUACAAACGAUUUUAUAGAAGAACAUCGUUAGAAACAUCUGAUUACCUUAAAGAUGACUGUCUGGUGAUGAACUGUACUGUCGGUGUUGUUAGAAAUCGUCUUGAGACCCCCAGGCAGUUUUUCAUCCCUGUACCACCGCCAGAUAUGGGAAGCUCUUUUAGAGAACUGCUGAAAUUUGGCACCGGCUCAGAUAUUGUUUUUAUUGUUGGUGAUGAGACUUUUAAGGCUCACAAGUUAAUUCUAGCUGCUCGUUCUCCAGUGUUCAAAGCUCAGUUUUUUGGUCUCAUUGGGAACCCAAAUGUGGACAAGAUUAUUGUAGAAGAUGUGGAACCUCCUGUUUUUAAGGCCAUGCUUGUAUAUAUGUAUUCUGACGAGCUUCCUGAUGUCGUCGAACUGACUGGAUCAGUUUCAAUGUGCACAUCAAUAAAUAUGGUGCAGCAUCUAUUGGCCGCUGCGGAUAGAUAUGGACUGGAGCGGCUGAAACUACUAUGUGAAGGAAAAUUAUGUGAGGAAAUUACUUCAGAUAUGGUAGCAUCCACAAUGACACUAGCAGAACAACAUCAAUGUGCUCACUUGAAGUCUGUCUGUCUAAAAUUCACUGCAGCUACAGAAAAUUUAGGAGUUGUGCUGCAGACUGAGGGCUUUGGCUACUUGGAGCAGUCAUGCCCAUCGCUGCUGUAUGAUAUUCUAGCGACCAUAGCAGCUGACGAGGACUCCACUAGGAAAAGGAGCAGCAGCAGCAACUUAGGCCUUGCUUUCAUGGAUGGUGUAGAUUCCAGUGGGAGGCGAACAAGACGGCGGUUUUAGCUACGAAAUCAAAAUUUUAACUUCUGUAACCCCCAGGUAGGUUAGGUCCUCCUGUAAUCAUAGCUUUGUGUUGCCUCCUCCUCCAUGAAGAGUCCCUGCUGUAUCAUUCCUGUGGAAAAUGGCUUCACUUGUAUUGUUUGAAUUUUAUAUUUCUUUUUUUUUUCAUGAAUAAUCUUUUCUGCUAUUGUAACCUCCGGUGUGUAGUUUUCUCGAUAGCUGGCUAUUCGUUGCUCUUCAAUCUUGAGGCAUUUACUUAUAUACCAAACAAUUGUGUUGCAUUU